AGCGGGACUCUGACUGCGGCUGAGAGCGGGAGGGGCGGGCGUAAAGAGAGCGGCAGAUGGAAGUUUGCCCGGCCUCCGUACAGAAGAUCUUAUAAGAGAUGUUGCGGUGCUCAGGUUGCGCAUGUCACGGCUCACGAUUUAUCUAGAAUGAGAUGUCUGUUAUGACAUCACGCCGGCUGCCCAGUCAGGAGAUGAAAGUGAAAUGAGGUGAUGUUUUAACGCCUUCUUGGGUCAAGAGGACCACUCUUAGCAUGGAGGCUGGUGACGUUGUCUCAUCCGAAACGAAGCCCAUUAACGGGAGAAAGGAAAGUACAGCAGAAAACGUGGCCAGCGGCAUCCUGUGCAGAGCUCCAAAGCGGCGGAAUCGCAGAACAAAGUGUGACCCCGUGAAGAUGCCAAGAGCCCUGUCUAUAGACAUUCCCCUGUCCGGCAGAGCGUUGGGCAAUCUGCCGAUUUCUGGUCAUCAGCGACAGAGCUUCCUUAAUUCUGGCCUGUGCCUUGUGGGGUGUGACAGCGAGGAGAGUCCAGAAUCCUCGCUCAGUAUGUGCUCUACCUCGUAUAUCUGCAUUGAGUGCGGACAGAGCUUCUCCUACGAGCUGGCGUAUGUCGAGCAUCAGAAGUUACAUAGUCCCAUGAGGCUGGAACCCGAUGCUGUGAUGGCGGCUGCGGGAAGCCAGGGCUCUGACGCCGUCAGGAAGUUACACACUUUGGAGCAAAAGAGGACAGGCCGAGAGUUUGUGUGCACGGAGUGUGGCAAGACCUUCAUAGGCAAGUCUAAUCUUAUCGUUCACCAGCGAACACACACGGGAGAGAAGCCAUACGGGUGCAUUUUCUGCGGGAAGCAUUUCGGGAGGAGCUCUGUUCUGAGAAAACACGAGCGGAUCCACACCGGGGAGAAACCCUACACGUGUCCGUACUGCGGGAAGCGCUUCAGCCAGAACUCUGGUCUAAAGAACCACGAGCGAAUCCACACAGGGGAGAAGCCAUAUGGCUGCGCCGAAUGCGGAAGGCGGUUCAGCCAGAGCGCAGACCUCAUGGUUCAUUAUCGAACGCACACGGGUGAGAAGCCCUUUAUCUGUAUCGAGUGUGGGAACAGCUUCAUCCGCAGCUCGGACCUCGUCAUACACCAAAGAACUCACUCCGGCAUUAAGCCCUUCGCCUGCGCGGAGUGCGGAAAGAGCUUCAGCCAGAGGUCCCAAAUCAUAAGGCACAGAAGGACCCAUACGGGCGAGAGACCAUUCACCUGUGAUGUGUGCAGAAAAAGCUUUAUUCUUAGCUCAGAACUUAAGAAACAUCACAGGGUCCACACAGGGGAGAAGCCCUAUAAGUGUAAGGAGUGCGGUAAAUCCUUCCGCCAUUGCUCCAACAUGAGCCGCCACCAAAAGAUGCAUGCAGACGGGGAGAUCUUGGCGGUGUCUGUCUAGAACCAAAUAAUAGUAGCUUCCAUUUAUUUAGGAUUCCCCUUGUCCUACAACAGGUCCACAAAGAGUCCAGUUCCCAGUUCCUGCUUAGAAUUGGGGGAAAUGUCAGGGCAUGGAAGGGUUUUCUAUCCAUUGAUCCUUCGUUGGCACUCGAUUAGAAGUUUGUGUUUGUGUUGCUUAGUCCUAAACGCCACGUUCCCAUGAAAUGUCGUCCAGUCCAAUGUAGACCAAGCGUCAGAACUUCUAGACUGCCUUGUAAAUUGCACUAGAGAUGGUGGACGUGACCACAGCACAAUGUGUUCGUGGUGAGCCGUGAGCUGGGCCGGUGCAGGAAAUGCUUUGCUGAUUGUCCAAAGGAAGACAUUAUUCUCCGCAUAUGACAAUCCACCUGGUGGCAUCACAUUGUAUUCUCAAAGAGGAUCUCGUGAAGUGUGAGCCCAUCGGGCCAGGUCUACAAAAGCCUGGAACGUCCCCCUUUGCAGAUAAACACUGUUCAACUUUAAAAAAACCCCAAUCACUGCCACUAAGAUUCCAGCUCCAUCUCUUAUUAUUCACCUUAUUUGUAUCUGUUCUCAUUGGACUUUGCUUUGUGUAUUAUGUUGCUUCUAGUAAACAAAGUACAAACUCA